AGAAUACAAUUAAAAGAGACUAAUUGUGUUGCUUUUUUUUACCAAGACGACCUAGAUCAAAGCAGAAAUAGCUAUAAAAGUGCCCCUUGCUGCGUAUAUUGCGAAAAAAAGAGCACAUUUAAACACAAAAUGGACGAUCUAAUUGCAACUUUUCUUGCUGUGACCGGGACUGAGGAUGACGCCACCGCUAAGCAAUACCUUGAGCUCACCAAUAAUGAUCUUGAGUAUGCGGUGACGUUGUACAUGGAGGCCGGUCACCCCUCUGGUGGAUCUGGUGGAUCUGGUGGAUCUGGUGGAGCCGCUGGAGGCGCUACAGGUGGAGGUGGUGGCGCGGGGGACUUUGAAUCUGACGAGGCAGUGGCUCAACGACUCCAAAAUGAAGCCUAUGGAGAAGCCCAAGAAGUAAGAGCCGCCGACACUAACAUCCAUAGACACGAGACUCUCUUGGACUCGUUUGGCCCGCCGGUGAUGCCACGUGUUCCUCGGGAAUCAGACAUGUUUGGCUCGGGUCGUGUGGGGAUCUUCAACCAGCGAUUCGACUUGGAUGGCAAUUCCCAACUGUACUACGAUGAAGAUGAUGACGAUGAUGAGGAUGACGAAGAGGAGGACCACGACUACAUGGACUACGGCUACCUGACCACCAACAUGAACGUGCACAACGUGAACGGAGCCGACGACGACGACGACGACGAUUCUGGCGACUCCGUCAUGAUCAUUGGCAGUGAUGGAGAGGUCGAGGAACCACAACAACGUACAAGCCGGUCACGGGUACAAUCCAGGCGCCGUGGGAACCGGUCAAACCGCAUGUCCGAGUUGACCUCCACCCAACAAAGACUUGCCAAUCUCUUCCGUCCUCCGUUCGAUAUCAUGUCGAGAAUCGACAUCGAUUCCGCCAAAUUGGAGGGCCGUAGAUCCCAUAAAUGGCUCUUGGUGAACAUCCAGGACGCUACUGAGUUCACCUGUCAGGUUCUUAACCGGGACUUUUGGUCGCUGUCGCGUGUAAAGACCGCCGUUCGUGAAAACUUUGUCUUUCUCCAGUACCAGAACGAUUCCCCCAACGGCUACAACUACACAAACUUUUAUGCCACCGACAAGUUCCCGCACAUUGCCAUCUUGGACCCCAUGACCGGGGAACGGGUUUACCGGUGGACAGACGGAGAAGUGCCCUCAGUAGACCAAUGGCUUGCCGAUGUCGAGAAGUUCCUUGAACAAUUUUCUCUCCAUCCCAACUCAACCAAUCCUAUCGUCCGUCAUGAGGUCAAGUUCGACCCGGACUCGCUCACCGAGGAACAACAGAUUGAAUUCGCCAUGAAGCAGUCGGUCAUGGAGAAUUCGGGACAAAGUGCCGAUGACCCAAUCUCCAUUGAUGGAGGUGAUGGCUCCGCUACUCCCGCUCCAGCGGUGGAGACUGCCCCUGCUGCUCCACGCGACCCAUUCCUCGAGAUCCAGCCAAAAGAUCAUGACGAGCCAGCUGCAAACACCACCAGAGUGCAAGUUCGGUUCCCCAACGGGAAGAGACUCAUCCACAAGUUUGACGUUGACGUUGACACGGUGGGAACGUUGUACCAAUGGCUCAAACAUGUCAUCUCCACCGAUGUCCUGUACGAUUUGGCCGCCGAUGACCGGUUCAACAUCUCCAGUGCGCUGAACAAGUCGGGUAAGGCUCUUCUUGAUCUCUUGGACGUAUCCAUUUCAGACGCAGGGUUAAAGAAUGCCAGUAUCUUAUUGGAGAAGGAAUAAGAUUUAUAGAACGAGGCCGUAAGAGUCUCACCCGUGGUGGUCACUGAGCCAGGAGAUAUACCUGGUGUAAUGACGGGGCUUGAUGAAGCCUUCUGGACACACACUCUUCCCUACUGGGAUUUGCGAGCCGCUGCGCUGGCACUCCGUGGGCCGCUAGCCGUGGGGGCCUUCUUCAUCUAGCGAGGAAUAAACCACACGUAGGUCACCUCGUCAGAGGAGCCAGGCUCCACGCUAGUGGCCCUCCCCGGGAAGGGGCCAGCGGAGCGUCCUACAAACUCCGUAGGGUGAUGGCGACUCCUUGCCCUGCGGUGCCGCAAGCCGCUCCGCUGGCACUCCGUGUGCCACUAGCCGUGGGGACCCUUCUUCCUCUGCCGAGGUACGAUAGAGAUCUACAGGUGACUCCUCGUAGAGAAGCAAGGACUCACGCAGUGGCUCUCCCCGAGCAGGGGCCAGCGGAGCGACUUACAGACCCCGACCACCGCCUGCCCUACGUGAUUGUGGGGGUAGAGAGAGGAGGAUGUCUACAUAUGUAUUUAACUUUUAAUAUAUCAAUUUAUUUUAUGCUAUGUAAAC